AUGAUUUCAUAUGCUAAAUUCCUUAAAGAGAUCAUAUCCAACAAGAAAAAUCUUGAGGAUGAUGAAACUCUUAUGCUUACUGCAGAAUGCAACGCUAUCAUUCAAAACAACAUGCCUCCUAAACUGAAAGACCCUGGUAGUUUUUCCAUACCAUGUGUAAUUGGAAAGUUUAUCAUAGACAAAGCUCUAUGUGAUUUACGAGCCAGUGUUAGUUUAAUGCCCUUAUCCAUAUGCGAAAAACUAAAUUUGGGAGAAUUAAGACCAACAAAGAUGUCUCUAAAACUAGCUGACUGUUCCGUUAAAUUUCUCAUAGGUGUGCUAGAGAACAUUCCUGUUUGUAUAGGACAAUUCUAUAUUCCUACCGACUUUGUGAUAAUGGAUAUAAAGGAGGAUUCCCACAUCCCUAUUAUUCUAGGAAGACCCUUUUUAGCCACAGCCGGAGCCAUCAUAGAUGUGAAGAAAGGAAGGAUGACCUUCGAAGUUGGAGAAGAAAAAGUUGAAUUUCUCUUAGCUAAAGUCCUACAAGCACCAGCUAUAGAUGACUAA